CAGGAAUGCCCAAUGUCAUUGGGGCAAUAGACUGCACCCAUGUGCCAUUAUGUCCCCCAUCAGAACAGGAGCACAUCUACCGAAACCGUAAGGCUUACCAUUCCCUCAACAUCCAGGUGAUCUGUGAUUCAAACCUCAUAAUCCGUGAUGUUGUCACCGGCUUUCCAGGAUCCUGUCAUGAUGCCCAUAUAUUGCGCCAAUCGGGAAUAUAUGAUACUCUGGACAAGGACUUAGAAAAUAAUGGAUGGCUGCUGGGAGAUGCUGGUUACCCCUGUCUACCAUGGCUCUUAACACCAAUCAACAGGCCAUCCUCUCCUGCAGAAGCAGCUUACAAUGUUGCUCAUACAAAAACAAGAGUGGUUAUCGAAAGAUGCUUUGGUGUCCUAAAGAGCCGUUUCCGUUGCAUGUCCUUGUCUGGUGGAUUCCUUCAGUAUUCCCCCAGUAAGGUAGCUGAUAUGUUCCUAGCAUGCAGCAUUCUCCAUAACAUUGCAAGGCAUGGCGGACUACAAGAGGAACUAGACACCACAGUGGAGGAUGACAUGCCCACAAUUCCAGUGGAAAAUGAUCACAGGGGAAACGCAGCAAGAAGUAAACUGAUUACAAACUAUUUUUCAGGUAAUAAACCACCGUAACAUGUUUUUAAUUUUCCAAACAUCAUCAGAAAUGAUCACAAACUUGCAUUAUUAAGUUGAAGAGACAGACAUGCUGUAAAAUGAAUUAUUUGGGCUGAUCUUGUUUAUCAAUGUCAAAUCUUAACCAAUGAUGUUUUUUUUAUGA